AUGGCGGUUGUGAACAUGUCGUUCUACCGCUGGGAGAGCGUCACGCCGCCGCCCGUCUUCGACUGGCGCACGACUACUUCCAUUACGCCCAUCCAGACGCAGUUUCAGUGCUCAAGCUGCUGGGCGAUCGCAGCCAUCGAUUCCGUCGCCAUGAUGUGGUCCAUUGCCAACAAUGCCACAGCAGAACAGCUGUCACCGCAGCAAGUGUGCGACUGCGCGACGAAGCAGUGCUGCCAGGGCGGGUGGCCCGAGUGGGCCUUUUCCUACGUGCUCUUCAACGGCGGCGUCACGUCCAACGCCAACUACCCCUACCUCGCCUACGAUUCCGCCACGUGUCUGCUCGACACAACCAUGCCGUCAACGGCGCAGAUCACGGGGUGGGAGCUGGUGCCGGCAUUCAACGCCAUGGCGCUCAUGAAGGCCGUGACGAAGCAGCCCGUUGUCGCAUUCCUUAGCGCGUCGUCCACGGACUUUGUGAUGUACAAGAGUCGCGACGUGCUGAACAUUUACAACGGGCUGUGCACGACGGAGGUGAACCACGCGGUGGUGGUCGUGGGCUUUAACUACACCGGCCCCAGCCUCAACGGCAGCUACUGGAUCAUCAAGAAUUCGUGGUUCGAGACGUGGGGCGACCACGGCUACAUGUACCUCGCCAUGACGCCCGACGUGCGCGGGAAAUGCGGGCUGCUCUCAACCCCCGCCAUGUACCCCGUCUACUUCCCAUCGGGGCAGCAGCCGGCGCGCUUCUCGUCGGACAAGGGCGGCAAGUGGAAAAUCAACAAAGUGGACGACCUCUCGUCGUCGCUCUUCUCCUCCACCCUUUCUUUCGACACCGCCACAAGCACCACCACCACUACCACAACCUCCGCUACGGUUGCGUCGUUCAGCGAUCCGACGUUCACCGAUUCCUCCUCUCUGCUGAUUGGAUCCACCACUGGAUCCACCAUUGGUUCCACUACUGGUUCCGCCACGUGCCCGGGGAUGAUCAACCCGUGCGGCGGGGGCAGUUGCUACAUGAGCGGCGGGGUUCCGCGGUGCAACUGCAGUGCGGUAGCGAAUAUGGUUGAGAUGUUGGGAGUGCCAACGUCCAAGUGCGUGCCGCGAAGUCCCUGCACGACGGCUCUCGUGAAUCCCUGCGGCGGCGGAACUUGCACGGAUGUGGGCGACGGGACGUACACAUGCGCGUGCACUGCGGGUUACGCCAUCGGCGCUGCUGUCGACGGUUCGCCGACGUGCAUGCCUGCGGCUGGACUCGCGAAAUCUUAUGUUACCCUCCCUGGCGACAACUGCACUGCGGUCGCGACAGCUUUCGGCAUUUCCACCACUACACUGACAAACCUGAAUACUUUCAUUAACUGCUCCGUUACAGAGUACCUUCCUCCCGGAAUUGCACUUACAGUGUCGGGAACAGUCACUUCCUUAUCCUCAUAUUGCACCAACACAUACACCGUCCGGCCUUCCGAUACCUGUUCAUCUAUUGCAAACGCUUACUUCAGUGGUUCACUGACUGCACUUGGUGCAAUCAAUCCUGGCUUAUCGUGCAAACGCCUGUUCAAGUCACAGCAAGUAUGUCUUCAAAUGGUUUCAGCAUCUUCUACAUCUUCAGCUACACAAUGCGGGCAGAGUGUUGCAGUGGCCAUGGGAGACACGUGUGCUUCGCUCUCAGUUAAAUAUGUCAUCAGCACCUCAACUUUUGUAAACCUCAACCCAGGUAUCAACUGCAACAGCGCCCUCGUCGUGGGAAGCUACGUGUGUGUGGCGCCCAAAUCAUCCGCUACCACCAUCAACUGCACGGGGUGGUACCGGGUGAUGCAGGGCGACACAUGCCCCUCCAUCUGGAAUGCAGCCAACCUCACCAUGUCCAUGUUCCAAGCCAUCAACCCCGGCGUUCAGGCUCCCUACCUUGGCAUUGGCCAGCAGGUCUGCAUCGACUCGCCCAUCCUCACCACCAUGCAGCGAACUCCCAACGUCUCCUAUUCCAUUUACACCGUCCGCCCCGGUGAAACCCUCGCCGAUAUCUCCUCCAUCUACGUCCCCCGCUGCACGCCCACCUCCAUUUCACCUGUCAACAUUGCAGCAGCAAAUUUCAUUGUCAAUGCAUCAACACCGCUUGUUCCUGGCACGCAGCUGAUCAUCCCCUGUAUUGGCCGCAUCGCCAUGGCUACUUUCGCAGAAGCUCCUGCUGGUAACCCCGACGCUGGAGCUAAGAUCUUCAAGACCAAGUGUGCUCAGUGCCACGUGGCAGAAAAGGGUGGUGGUCACAAGCAAGGUCCGAACCUGGCCGGGCUUUUCGGCAGGCAGUCUGGAACCAUUGAGGGUUAUUCGUACUCAAAUGCCAACAAGAACGCUGCAGUUCUGUGGGGAGAGGAGACCCUUUACGACUACCUUUUGAACCCUAAGAAGGUACGUAGGCUUCUGCCUGUGAGAUGA